AUGAGUCUUCUUGAGCGGAAGAUGAAACUAGUCAUGGCAGCUCAUCACACACCCUCACCCAACAGCAAUCAAUACGGUUAUCGAAAUAGAGGCAACCGACAUUUCUAUUCGAAUCAAAAUAGAAAUUAUAAUAAUCGUCCUCGUCGUCAAACAAAUUCUUUCUUCAAUCGAAAUUUCAUGCAACAACAGCCUUACUUUAACAAUGUUAAUUAUAACAAUGAUGACAUGAUGAUCAGUAGACCGUUUUUACCAAACCGACGAUUUAAUCAAAAUCGACAGUAUAAUCGAAACUGGCAAUUUAAUCAGAAUCGACCAAGAAGUCAUUCAAAUGGUUCUACUCCAACUCCAAGAAGAAGUCGAUCUAGACAACGACGCAGUCCACGACCUCUAAGAUUAAAUGAUUUUAUGCCAUCAGAAUUUCGAGAUAAUUCACCAAAUGCACAAUAUCUUGCUUCAAAUUUCAACUUGGCUACUACUACUACAGAUGUUACACCUGCAGAUGCAUUACCACAACGUCAACGUUUUGCACCAACAGCAGCUAGUAGUACUGAUACUACUCAACCAUUUGCCAUCAGUGAUCAGGGAGAUGGUGCAAAUCAACAACAACAACAACGAACAAAUAAUGGUCAACGUCAAAGAACUACUACAGCAGCACACAGACGUCGUCAACGUCGUAAUCAUCAGCAGCAAUAUCAGCAACAAAGUCAAGCAGAUGAUAAUCCAAAUCGAUUUGUUGCACUUGCUGAAGAAGAUACCAGUAAUCAAAUAGAUACUGAAACGACUAUAAACGAUAGACCUGCAACUAAUAUUAUGGAUACAAAUAAAAGAAUUGACAAGAAAAAGAAAAUUCGACUAUACCUUCAAAAAAAUCGAAUAGUGAAAUGGUUCGAAGACAAUUCGAAAAGUUCAAUUAGUGGUCGCGGUAAUCAAGCAUAUGUAUUAGCAACAACUCCAAUUUAUGAUGAAUGGGGUCGAAACAAUUAUGAAUUCAAAGUUUGG